GAAAAGUUAUGGUAGUCUUUCUCCUGCACCAUUAUUGAGGGAGGAUGAUGGAGGGUACUCAUUAUCAUUUGUCAUCCACGCAAAAGAGCCCAGGAAUGCUAUAAACCACAAAAAUUCUAUUAUGGGAUCACCCCAACAGAUUUCUGCAUUUUCCUUAGAAACAAACAACUCAUCAGUAGUUAAUUUGGCUCCUAGCGAUCGUGUUAAUGAAGCCUGUGAUUCUGGACGUGAAAGAUUAAAGAAGCAUCGAGAAGAGGUGGCUGGUCAAGUUGUGAUUACAGAUACUUGGGGUCAUGAAGAUUUUCUUAAGGAUUGGAUUGAUUGUUCUUCCUUCGACAAGUUAUUAGCCCCUGAUGGAAUUGCAUCAGCUCGUCAAUCACUUGCUGCUGAGGGUCAAAAAAAAUCAACUUCUCAACGUUUAAGGAUAGGAAUUACAGGGAAAAAAGGUCCUCUGGGUUAUGAUCAAUUUGCAGUAAAUAAGAUGGAUCAAAGUGCUUAAGAGCUUGGGUUGUCUCCAACAAAAUGGUUUAAGCCAAUUUAGUUUAGAUCUCUUUUGCUAUAUAUUUUCCUUCAAUUCUUUGUAAUUAGCCAAUAUGAGACUCCAACAGAUUUCAUUACCAGACUUUGAACUAUGUCAAUAUUAGAAUUGUUAGUGAUCUAUCGAUGCUGUAUUAAUUGCAGCUA